CUGUCUCAGCUGGGGCAGCCAUCUUGCUCUUGCUGCAUGCUCGUGUUGGAGGACCCUCUCUGCUUCAGAUUUACCAACAGCAUGAAUCAAGAAAACUUAGCCAAACUUCAGGCUCAGGUCCGGAUAGGGGGCAAGGGUGCAGCUCGCAGAAAGAAGAAGGUGGUAUAUAGAACAGCUGCAGCUGAUAACAAUAAGCUUCAGAGUUCUAUGAAAAAACUAGCUGUGAAUAGUAGAGCUGGUAUUGAAGAGGGGAACAUGAUUAAAGAUGAUGGGACGGUUCUUCAUUUCAACAAUCCCAAAGUCCAGGCUUCCCUUUCUGCUAACACCUUUGCAAUUACUGGUCAUACAGAAGCCAAACCAAUCACAGAAAUGCUUCCUGGAAUAUUAAGUCAGCUUGGUGUUGACAGCUUAGCAAGCCUUAGGAAGUUAGCUGAACAGUUCCCACGGCAAGUCUUAGACAGUAAAGCACCAAAACCGGAAGACACUGAUGAGGAGGAGGAUGAUGUUGCACAUCUUGUAGAAAAUGUUGAUGAGGCAUCAAAGAUGAAGCUAACUAAAAUUUUGGUUUUUGGAAGCUGGCACGGACUAGAUUUAACAAAUCAGCUAUGUAGUUCCAAAGUUUUACAGACGCAGAGAAGAAGAUUACCUGUUACUAGUUAUUAG